AUGAAUAUUGGUGAUGAUGAAGAUGACCAAAGCUUUCACGCUACGCGUGACGGCUACUCCCAUUUGAGCGAUGUCGAAUGGGAUGCGGUUGAACGAAUGGGUUCGACCAUGGGCAUCCAUGCUGUUAGCGUCAUGCUAGAGGCUCUCAAUAGAGAUGCCCAACAUGCUACUAUCGCCAAGUUCAUUCAAAAUGAACUUGACGCUGAACGCGAGAAAGUAGCCUUGCUUCACCAACAAGGUUCUCAACAAGCAGAGUUGUUGAGAGAACAGGGUGCUCAACAGUUUGAACUGUUGAGACAGCAGCAGGCUGCUGCUGGUGGGUCGACGCGAGUGCAUCGACCCGAGACUUUGAAGAUUCACAUCUCCAAGUAUAGGGGGUCGAAGAGGACUCCCUUUCGAGAUGGUUCGUCGAAUUGGAUGACGCCAUAA